AUGUCUCUCCCUGACGAGGAAUGUUGCUCUACUCUUGCUGUCCCAUUUUGUGUGAAGUCGGCAGCGAUCCCCACCCCACCGAAUGCGCGAUCGGUUCAACAUGAAGAUACAGCCAUAACCAAAUCAAGCGACACUCGCACACCAAGUUCAUACAUGGCCGUCCUUGCCGCCGCGUUUGGUAUGAUAUCAGAUGGUUAUCAGAACAAUAUAAUGACCAUGGUCAAUGUCGUUUUCAAACGGUUAUACCCUGCUGUGUAUACCUCAGCUGUGUCAACCCGUGUUUCUAACGCUCUUUUAGUUGGCGAAAUCCUCGGCCAGCUUUUAGUUGGGGUCUUAUGCGAUAGAGUCGGGCGGAAAGCGGGUUUUGUCAUUACGACUUCGCUGAUUGUGCUCGGGGCUACUCUCGCCACCGUAGCAUAUGGUGCGCAUGGCAGUGUGGCAGGAUUAUUUUGGGCUUUAAGUAUUGCCAGAGGUAUCACUGGUGUCGGCACUGGAGGGGAGUAUCCUGCAUCCUCGACGAGCGCAAGCGAGGCAAUCAACGAACGAACCAUCAAGCAGAGGGGGCCCAUAUUCCUCGUUGUCACAAACGGCAUUCUCAGUCUCGGUGGUCCAUUGGCGGUCUCAGUAUUUUUGAUCGUAUUGUCUGCUGCAGGGCAGGAUCAUCUUUCUACAGUCUGGCGCAUUUGCUUUGGAAUGGGUAUUUUGUUACCUUUGUCUGUGUUCUACUUCAGAAUGCGUAUGUUGAGCCCCCGACUGUACCGAGAGCAUGCAAUUCGACAUCAUGUUCCUUAUUGGCUCGCUGUGAAAAGAUACUGGAGAGCAUUAAUUGGAACAUGCGGAACCUGGUUUCUUUACGACUUCGUUUUCUUCCCAAACACUGUCUUUUCCGGGACGAUCAUUGCAAGUAUUAUCAAAGACGGAGAUAUUAAAGCGACCGCCGAAUGGCAGUUACUCCUUGUCACCAUUGCGCUUCCAGGUGUUUACGCUGGAAUAUUUCUGUGUAACCCGUUGGGCAGACGGAGGACAAUGAUGUUGGGUUUUCUAGGUUACAUCGUCUUCGGCUUGAUAUGUGGUUGCGCAUAUGACAAACUUACCCAUAUCAUGCCUUUGUUCAUUGUAUGCUACGGCAUGAUGCACGCGAUGGGUAGCAUGGGCCCAGGCAAUCUGAUGGGACUUGUCAGUGCUGAAUCGUAUGCCACUCCCGUCAGGGGCACAUUUUAUGGCAUCUCAGCAGCAAUAGGGAAGGCUGGGGCGGCCGUUGGUACCCAAGCGUUCACCCCAAUACAGGAAAACUUAGGCAAAAGAUGGACCUUCAUCAUCGCUGCCGUCUGUGGAACCCUAGGGAUUGUCACCACAUAUUUCUUCUUGCCCGACAUGACGGGCGUAGACCUUGCUCGAGAGGACGAUGAGUUCUUGCAGUACUUGAUUCGAAAUGGCUGGCAGGGUGAAGUUGGGGAAGUGAUAGAAGUAAUUACGGAGGAUACGUCGAGUACUAUCGAGAAACAUACUAACACUAAGGAGUAG